AAAUAGUUUGGAAAGUUUUUUUAAAUCCGUUUUUUAAUGUUAAUUGUCUUCUAGCCCUAAAAGUGACUUUCAUUUCAUUCACUUGCAAAAAAAGGAAGAGUAAAGUGAGUUGGGAAGAAAAACAAGGGUGCAUAGAAGAAAAACCAGCAAGGAGGAAGCUCAAGUUUUCUUCAAUUUGUCACAUUGGAGCUGCAUUGUGUUUCGAUUUGGUGCAUCAAGAGUUGGAUAGGAAGAGUUUGCAGCUCAUUUCAAGCUUGUUGUAAGAGCAAACUUCACUUUAUUAUUUGCCUCAACUUCAACUUUCACAAAACUAUCCUAAAAUGUCUACUUCAGCUUCUAGACCCCCCAUGAGAAAAGACCCUGCUUGGAAAUAUCAUGAGGAUUUUCCAGGGCAAGGAAAGGGGCAAACAAAAUGUAUGUUUUGCAAAACAAUAUUCCAUGGAGGUAUAUAUAGGUUGAAAUACCAUAUUGCUGGUGUGCGUGGACAUGAUGCCGAACCAUGCCUAAAAGCAGUCUCUGAGGCCAUACGUGAUUGUUAUGUAAUGGUUGAGGAGAUUGAAAGAAAAAAGAAACAAAAGGAGGAUCGAGCGGCCAUUGGGAGAGAGACAGUUUUAGGAAGAGGGACACAGUUAGGUUGUGUUGGAGGCCCUUCUUCCUUACCUCCAUAUCGUCCCACUCAGUUUGCUACUGCUGGUGCUUCCGUUUCUGCUUCUGCUUCUAUAGGUGGCAGUGCCACCGCCACUUCUCAUGCUCCUACCACUAGUAGUUGUAGUGGGAAUGUUACCAUUGGACCUAGGAUUCGUAAAUCUAGGUUGGAUUCCUUCUUUGUGCCUCGCACUAUUCCUGGGUCCCAACCGUCGCUUGAGGGCAUGGGUUGGAACAAGGAGGUCCAUGAUGCUGCUAAAAUGGCAAUUGGCAGGUUUUGGAGCUACAGCUGUAUUCCAUUCUUUGUAGCUAGGUGAAUGUUUUACUAACUUUUAUGUUUGAUAACUUUGAUUGUUUUAAUUUUUAUACUUAUCUCAUUGAAUUUUUAUACUUAACUUAUCUC